AUACAACCACUCUAUGAUUCAUAUCAACGUGAUGUGGAAAUCAAUCUAUGGGAGCCAAUCAAUCGCUAUUGGGCCGAAUGCUAUGAAGCCUGUAAAGUGGCAUCGAAAAAACGCAGUACAUUCCAAGCUGAGAAUAGAACACUAUUUCAAAAAAAAAUUGUCAUACCCUGGAAGGUGCGUCAAGUUGAAGAAACGCGACGUUUAAAUGCAGCUGCACUGCAGCAUAAACGACGCAGCAGUCACAUAAAGAAAAAGUGGAAAUGUGCCAAACGAUUCCUGUACGGACCUCGCGGUCCCUGGUAUACAGGAUCCAACAUGGAAGAAUACUGGACUCUCUCGAAUCAUGAAAAUCUGGCGCGAAUGCGUUUAAAACUGGAACCGCAAUUGUAUCCGAAUAAACAUGAAAAUGCCUCAAAGUUACGUGACAAUGCUACAAAUCAUUACGAUACCAAAGAGAUCCCGGAAUUUGAUUCGACAAUUAAAAAUGUUGUUGUUCGUGAUUUUCUAUCGAACGAUGAAAAUUCUCAAUUAGAGGAAGAUUUACUGCUGACAAUUGAACAGCAAUCGCAGCAGGACAAUACAACAGAGAAAUUGGUAAUAUCACAGGAAUGUGAACUAAUAACCCUGAUGACUAAAGUCAAGGGUCGCAUUGAAGUUAAUCAGACAAUGUUCACAUUUAUCGAUCUAAGUCCACCGGCUGAAGAUGGUUCGAAACAUGAUUUCAAAUUUUCCAUUAAUAAGAUACGUGAAGUGCAUUUAAGAAAAUAUAAUUUAAGAAGAAGUGCAUUGGAAAUAUUUUUGGUGGAUCAAACAAGUUACUUUUUGAAUUUCACCACAAAGACUCGCAAUAAAAUAUUUUCGAAAAUUCUAAGCCUACAACCACCUAAUAUUUUGUAUGGUUCCGGCCGAUCUCCGGCCGAAUUAUUAAAACAAUCCGGUUUAACUCAGCGUUGGGUAAAUCGUGAAAUAUCGAAUUUUGAAUAUCUUAUGUAUUUGAAUACAAUAGCAGGUCGUUCAUAUAACGAUCUAAGUCAAUAUCCAGUCUUCCCAUGGAUUUUAGCUGAUUAUACAAGUGAUAUAUUAGAUUUAACAGAUCCAAAAUCAUUUAGAGACUUGUCAAAGCCAAUUGGUGUGAUAAAUCCCAAAAAUGAAGCUGAAACACGUGCAAAAUACGAUUCAUUCGAAGAUCCAUCUGGAGCUAUACCGAAAUUCCAUUAUGGUACACAUUAUUCAAAUUCUGCUGGUGUGCUGCACUAUCUCUUGCGAGUGGAACCCUUUACAUCACUGCAUAUUGAAUUGCAAAGUGGUCGAUUUGAUGUAGCCGAUCGUCAAUUUCAUUCCAUACCACAAACAUGGAAACUUUUAAUGGACAAUCCAAAUGAUGUUAAGGAACUAAUACCGGAGUUCUUUUAUUUUCCUGAAUUUUUGAAAAAUAUGAAUAAAUUUGAUUUGGGCCAUUUGCAAAUCACCAAAGAAAAAGUGGAUGAUGUUAUACUGCCACCCUGGGCCACAACACCUGAGGAAUUCAUUGCCAUACAUAGAAGAGCAUUAGAAUCGGAAUAUGUUAGUCAAAAUUUACACCACUGGAUUGAUUUGAUAUUUGGUUAUAAACAAAAGGGCCCCAAGGCCGUUGAAGCCUUAAAUGUUUUCUAUUAUUGUUCAUAUGAAGGUGCCGUAGAUUUGGAUAAAAUUACCAAUCCAGUCGAAAGAGAAGCUGUUGAAGGCAUGAUAAAUAAUUUCGGUCAAGUGCCUUCCCAACUGAUGCGUGAACCUCAUCCACGACGCCUGUCUCAGGAAGAAACUACACUUAAACUUUUGAGAGCUGAACUCAAACGUCCGGAUAUAACACAAUUUCUGGACAAGGUUGUGCAAUAUUAUUGUGAAAUUUCCACGCCAAAAGAUCCGAUUGUCUACUUAAGUCCACCCAGGUCACCGCCACGUUCUUUUCUUCAAUUAAGUCCCGAUUCAUUGAUAAGCAUAUCGAAAUCAUGUAUAUUGGGUUGUAAUUCAUGGAUGGCUUAUGAUAAAGAUCGUGGUUUUCUAUUGGAAAUUGAUGCAACAACAACAAAUUUGAAAAAUCGUAAACGCAUUUUUGGGCCACUGCAUCCCUCACAAGCCUCACAUUCCCAAUUGUUUGCUGUUAGUACCGAUGGUAAACUUUUGUAUGCCGGAGGUAUAUGGGAUAAUUCAUUGCGUGUCUAUAGUGUACACAAAGGAAAAGUAGUUGCUUCUGUCACAAGACAUUUGGAUAUAAUCACCUGUUUGGCUUUGGAUAAUUGUGGUUCUUAUUUGGUAACCGGGUCACGUGAUUGCACCUGCAUUAUAUGGAGCAUACAAAAUUCACAUUCAAAUUCCGGUCCAUCAGCAUCAAAUAUACCCGUACACGCGUUGACUAGUCAAACAAAUUUACAGUCAAUUAUUCAACUUAAUACACAAAAUAGUUUCUCACCCAAACCGCUGACAACACUAUAUGGUCACGAUGAUUCCAUAUCAAGUGUGGCAAUUUAUACGGAAUUGGAUAUGGUGGUUUCAGGAUCAUUGGAUGGCACUGUUAAUGUUUAUACCAUACAAGAUGGACAAUUUUUACGCACAUUGAAACCAAUUGGUUGUACUGAAUUUUGUGUACAAAUUUCAUAUGUAACAAUAUCCUAUCAUGGUCAUAUUGCAUUUAGUGCAUUGGAUGAUGCCUCACAUUCUGUUCAUGUUUAUAGCAUUAAUGGCACUAGCUUAGGUUCCAAAUAUGUUUCCGGUAGAGUUACAGGCUUGGCGACCGCCUCGGAUUAUCUCGUUGUAGCUGAUGAUGCUGGAGAUAUAACAUUGAGUCGUUUGCAUGGACUGAAGCCGGUAUUCGAUAUACCAUUGCACGUACCCAUACAAACGGUGGUGGUGACGCCAGGCAACACCCACAUUUUGGCCCCCUUGCGUGAUGGUCGUUUGGCCGUAGUGGCAGUCCAUUUGCCAUUGAACAGUGCCAAAAAACAUCUGGUGCUGAAUGUCUAAGUUCUCAAU